AUGCCCGACCUUGUGGAACACAAGCUCAUAGAGACGAUCCAGCUGGACGUCUGUAAUGAGGAGAGCAUAGCCAAGGCGCAGGCGGAAAUCGAGGACCUGACGGAUGGGAAGCUUGACUUCCUCAUCAACAACGCUGGCGGCGCAGCCGAGAUAUCUCCAGCAGUCGAGAUAGAUCUUGAGCGCGCUAAACAACAAUUGGACUUGAACUUCUGGGGCGCCGUGCGCAUGGUCAAGGCCUUUACGCCUCUUCUCAUGCGAGGCAACGAAGGGCACAUCGUCAAUGUCAGUAGUGCGGGAGGCACACUACCCAUCCCGUAUUUGAGCAUGUAUGGCUCGGCCAAGGCGGCCUUGAAUCACUACGGCGACGUGCUCAGGGUUGAGUUGGCUCCUUUCAAUAUAUCCGUGACCACGGUCGUGACAGGCUCGAUCACUAACUCCAGGAAUCGAGACGCCGAAGACUUCGUGCUUAACCUGAAGCCCGGUUCCCUCUACUCCUCCGGGCUGCAGGCGCACAGGAAGGCUGUUGAGAAGGAAUCGGAAAGUCCCUCAUCUGCCCGCACAAACGACCGUCGCUGA